AUGUAUUAUUUAUGUGACUAAUAAUCAUACAAAUCUAUUCAUGCAUGAGGUACCUAUCAGAGUAUCAUUACUACGGAUACAAUUAUCUAUGCCAAAACCACUAUAAAUUCUUAGUAGAACGGUAUAAUUUUUUUUUCAUUUUGGGUUUACACAUUUUAAGUCCCAGGCGAAAACAUCAAAUCGACGUAUCAAACGUAUUAAACGUAGAUAUUUUUCAAAUUCCAAUUUACAUAAAACAUUUCAAUUAAUUGGCACUUUGCUGGUACUGAAUAAUUUAUCUCAAGUCGUUUACAAGAUGUGUAUAAGUAUUGUUUUAAUCGUAAAUUAAUAAUUUCACCCUAUACUGAUUCAGGUUAUCUUCACAACGCGAAGGUCAUAUCUUACAACUUGUUUCUGUAACUGGUUUAGACUUUUAGUUAAAUAAAAUAUUUCUGGUGUAGGCACAUUCUAGCUCAGAACCAUAUUAGACGAUUGUCAUAGUCCGUCGCUGUUGCAUCGUUAGUGGGGAAAAAAUGUGCACUCGGUAAAUUUAUAAAUGUGCAUCUAUAAUCAUAAAGCCGAUUAUGACUGGAAGCACUUCCUAACUUCUGUAUUCCUGCAUCUAUCUUUUGCAAGGGUUUUGAACAAUAUUAUAAAUUUAUAACGUGGGACAAUAUUAUUAAUGUUUGUGUGAAUAUUUUGAACUUUUGAUUUUAAUCUUAUACGUUAUAUAAUAGUUAGUUGCAGAUGUUUUGAAAAAAUAACAAACUAGCCUCAAAGUUUAUUAGCGAAUUUAUGCUGUUUGUAUUAUUGAAAACCAUCAAGUUGUAUGGUAUCAAGUUAUGACAAGAUCAAUUAGAAAUCGAGUCGAUCUAGAAGGAUGCGAGGGAACACGCAAAUCCACAUCAGAAAAACCAAAUCUGGCUGGAGAUUGGUUAAAUUUUUACCUGUUAAUAAUACUUUACAUAAUACAAGGUUUCCCUAUAGGCUUGUCUGGUGCUCUUCCAAUCAUUUUACAGAGUAAAAAGAUGGUGACUUACGAAGAUCAAGCUGCAUUCAGUAUUUCAUUGUGGCCUUAUAGUAUAAAACUUUUAUGGGCACCAGUAGUAGAUGCACUCUAUGUGAAAUGCAUAGGUAGGCGUAAAUGUUGGUUAUUACCGCUUCAAUUGCUGAUGGGGCUACUGAUACUUUACAUGGCCAGUAACAUCGAUGAUUGGUUACCCGAGUCAGGAAAACCAAACCUAACAAUGUUAAUAACAGUGGUUUUCGUCGUUAAUAUUUUGUCUGCUACUCAAGAUAUUGUAGUUGAUGGUUGGGCAUUGACUAUGCUGAAAAAAAAGAACGUGGGUUAUGCCUCGACGUGCAAUUCGGUUGGAGUACCGUUUGGAAUGUUUAUAGGUUCAGUUUGUUUCACUCUGCUCGUGUCAGAGCAAUUCAAUAUUACUUAUUUUCGAGCUACGCCUGGCACGGGAGGACUAAUUACUAUGAAAAGUUUUUUAUACUUUUAUGGCACCAUGACUUUGGUGCUUACAUCUAUAGUGGGCAUAUUCAAAAAAGAAAAAGAUAGCAGAUUAGAAGAUGGAUACGUAAAUAUCAACGUAUUUCAGAAUUAUAAAUUACUAUGGGAUGUUUUGAAACUACCUCGCAUUAGAGUGUUGGCAGUAGCUUUACUGACAACUAGGAUUGCGUACACUGCAACAGAUAGUAUCUCACAUUUGAAGCUAAUUGACGCUGGUGUAUCUAAAGAUGACAUCAUGAUAAUUACUUCAGCUCUUUAUAUAAUAAAAUUUAUAAUGCCUAUAUUUGUAUCCGAAUAUAUUACGGGCCCGAAACCGAUGAGUUAUUUCCUCAAAAUAACACCCUUCAGAUUAAUUUGGUGUACUACUUAUGUUGCACUGAUUUAUUACACACCGAGUAUGAUACGAAAAGAUGGCCUUGUCUCUGUGCCAACAUAUUAUUAUUUUAUAAUGGGAUUAGUCUUAAUAACAAAUGAAGUACUGAAUUUCUUCUUGUUUUUAACCUUAUUUGCAUUUUUUUGCCGAUUGAGUGAUCCUCGUUUUGGAGGCACUUAUAUGACGUUAUUUAAUACAUUUUAUUACAUGGGAUUUUUACUAUCCAAUACCUUGGUUUUGAAACUGGUCGCCUUUUUAACUUUUAGAAAGUGUUCGAAUAAUGACCAGAAUACCUGUUCAACUUCAGAUUUAGAAAAAUUAUGCAAAACCAAUGAAGGAAGUUGUGUUGUAUCUGCGGAUGGAUAUAAUAUAGUGGUUGCCAUAAGUUUGAUCAUUGGCUUUAUUUGGUACUUUUGUUUUAGAAAUAUAAUCAAGAAGUAUCAAUCUCUGAGCGCUUCUCAUUGGAUGAUAAAUAUUAAACGACCCGUGACAGCAGUCGAAUCAUGCCUUAUACCCUCGUGA